AUGGUGGUUUUCAUGGGCAGGAACCUCUCCUCGCUUCUGGCUUUCUUCAAGAAGAAGGGCGCUGCCAAGGGCGAGGCUGAGAAGCGGCUGAGCGUGCAGUACACGGCGGGCGAGGAAUGCCCCGACAACGUCUUCUUCCCCAGCACGCGGCCCCCGCACCUGGAGGAGCUGCACAACCAGGCCCAGCAGGGACUGAAGUCCCUGCAGCACCAGGAGAAGCAGAAGCAGACCAAAAGUGCCUGGGACCACGGAGACACCAGCAGCCUCCAGUCCUGCGCAUCCUCGGAGGAUGACAGUGUGUCCUUCCGGAGCCGGGCGGCCUCCUGUGCCACGGACAGCACCUCUGAGGACGCCCUCUCCAUCCGCUCCGAGAUGAUCCAGCGGAAAGGUUCCACCUUCCGACCGCACGACUCCUUUCCCAAAUCCUCGGAGAGGGCUGGCAAGAAGAGGAAGGAGAGGAGGACGACGGUGCUGGGCAUCCCCCAGCAUGUCCAGAAGGAGCUGGGUCUCAGGAACAGCCAGGAAGCCAAGGGACGCCCCGAGGCUGAUGGGCGAGGGCAGGCGGGGCGCGGGGGCAGCCAGGCGCCUCAGCCCUUGCUGAACGGCGGGCAGGUCUCCGGCGACGCCAUCCGCAUCCCCACCAUCGACGGGAAGCUGCAGCCACUGGCUGUCCCCGGGGGCGCCCGCGUCUGCCUGGGAGCCUUGGAGGAGGCAGACACGGCCCUGCAGAAGCACAUCGACCGGGUUUACUACGACGACACGUUGCUGGGGAGGAAGACAGCGGCCAAGCUGUCGCCCAUGGUGAGGCCAAAGUCGCUGGCCGUGCCGGGCAUGACCACCAACGCCAGCCCCCCGGAGCUGCUGAGCCCCGUCAUGUCCAUCUCGCCCCAGGGCACCUACAUGUCCAAGAUCAUCCCCAAUGCCAUCCUGCCGCCCAUGGUGGAUGUGGUGGCCCUGACGCGGAGCAGCGUGCGGACGCUGAGCCGCUGCAGCCUGGUGUCAUCCAGCCCGGCCUCGGUGCGCUCCCUCGCCCGCUUCUCGGAGCACAGCACCCGCAGCCGCGAGCCCUCCUCCUCCAGCGACAACUGGAGCCACUCGCAGUCCACGGAGACCAUCGUCUCCAACAGCUCCACCAUCUCCUCCCAGGGUGGCUCCCACCCCCGGGCCGUGCGGCGGAUGCCGCAGCUCGCUCUGCUCUGGUGCGGUGAGGCGGAUGCCGCAGCUCGCUCUGACACCGACCAAGUCAGCGUCUACAGCUCCGCCAGCUUCGCCAGCUCCUGCUCCAAGCCCGCUGCCGGCCCCGUGCCCCCCGGCCCCCGGGUCCCGCGAGCCGCACGAGGCGGCCCCGGGGUGACGGUGGUGCUGGGGGAGCCCCAGGCUCAGCCCAAGUGGAGCUGCCCGGAUGGGUCUGACCGCACCAUGUCCCCCUCCAGCGGCUACUCCAGUCAGAGCGGGACACCCACACUGCCCGCCAAGGGGCUGGGACCCCCAUCCGUGUCCCCGGGCAGGGCUCAGCCCCAGAAGCCGGACCGGGUCUGCUCCCUGCAGUCGCCUGCACUCUCCGUGUCCUCUGAGCGGCCGGCACCCCAGAAGCCCGUCCGCCGGUCCCUGUCCACGCGGCAGCCCCCUCCUGCCAAAGACGCGGUGCCUUCGAACCAGCUCCACCACGCCAUGCACCUCAAGGCCACCGCCUUGUCCUCUGGUGAGGCUGCGGAGAAGCCACCGGGCAGCAGAGCGGCUCUGCCAGGCCCCGAGGGGCCCCCUGGGGACGGCCAGCUCUCCCCCAGGCACAAGUCGCCGGCCUCCACCGCCAGCUUCAUCUUCGCCAAGAGCUCCAAGAAGCUGGUGAUGGAGAUGGCCUCGUCCCCCGAGGCGCAGGCCGACCUGAAGAGGAACUUGGUGGCCGAGCUGAUGAAUUUCUCGGGACAGCGCUCGGCAGCCCUGGCUGCUGCCCAGCAGGGCCCCGGCAAGGUGCAAGCCCACCGAAAACCUGGCAAGAUCCCCCCUCCGGUAGCCAAGAAGCCUUCGCUUGGCCCGGGGCCGGCUCCUUCCCCCCUGAGCCCAAAGGCGCCGGGGGCAGAGGCACUGGGCUCCCCCAUGCCGGACGGGAAGGCCAAGGCAGUGCCGGUGGACGAGAGCAGGACUAAGAGUGAGCCGGGGGGGAUGGCGGCCUCGGGGACGGAGGGCAGGAGCGCCGCGGAGCCGCCGGCUCAGAGCCUCCCUGCACAAGACGGACGGGGAGAGACGGCCUGAAGGAUGAAGCUGCAGGACUGGUGCCCCCGCGGACAGGAAUCCAAAUCUCUCAGGGACCUGGGCAGG